AUGGAUGCAUUUCAGGUUCGGAUGGAGUUCUUAGACCUCCUAAAGCGCCUCAAUGCAAGUCAGCAGUCUAUUCGAAAAACUGCCGCCUUUGCUCUGCGCUACGCUAACAAAUGCGCAGAUAAUAUCUGGGACUGCAUUAUGACCGAAUGCUCUAAAGAAACAUCAAAUACACGGAUUAACAUGUUGUUUAUGCUCGAUGCUAUCCUAGCAGACGAUUUUCAAACAAACCCUGACGAAGUGGAUGUCUAUCGAAAUCUGGUGGUACGAGACCUAUCUGCUCUUGUAGAUAUGGUAGUGCCACCAGAAAGCUGGGAUGCUGUGAUUAACAUAGGCAGCACUCUACAGAUCCUUUCGUCGUGGCGCUCGAAGCACAUUUUUGAUUCAAGCUUUCUCACCUCUCUCAUUGAAUCGAUUGAGCAGCGCGCUGCAAAGUAA